AUGCCAAGCAAACGCAAGGAGAUGAGCCACAGGCUUACCCUCAGGGAAAAACACCACCGGCUUAAGAAGGCGAAGGAGAGGGCGGAGCGAGCAAGGAAGAAGGAGCGGGAAAUGGCCCGGAGCAACCGAACCAAACGUGAUCCCGGAAUUCCUAAUCUCUAUCCAUUCAAGAAGCAGAUGCUUGAGGCUAUCCUUGGCAGUGACCAACAUAUACCGACCAAGGAAGAACUGGAUGCCCGAAUGCGCCAACAGGCCGCUGCCUACGUGUCUGCUCAGCAACUCCAGCAAGAUCUCGCCAGUGCACCGUCUGGGAUCUCCAAUGCAUAUGCAAGCCUUUACGAUGCAACGCGCGACGCUACUGAUCUCAGUGAGAAGUCUAUUCGACGGGGUGCAUUUAAGCAAGAACUUCAGCAAGUAAUCGAACAAGCAGACGUUAUAAUGGAGGUCAUUGACGCCAGAGACCCCAAAGGCACACGCUGUCCGGAGAUAGAGGACAUCUGUGCUGAGAAGCGGAAGCCAUUCGUGCUUGUCAUGAAUAAAGUGGAUCUAGUCCCUCAACAAGUGGCUCGUGCGUGGUUAGCUUACUUUAAAAACCACGCCGUCCCAUGCAUUGCAUUCAAGAGUUCAACACACGUUCAUAAAGGUCAUGAGGUUAACUUGUCUAAGUUCGUUGAUGGAGAGACAGGCAACAAGCACGCUGAGGAUCGUCUUAGCCGAGCGCUCCAUGAUCCCCGAGCCAUCAUCGGUGCUAGCGAGCUUAAACACCUACUUCAUAAGAUCGAUGCCCGGAAGGCGGCUGCUAGCACUCCUGAGGCUAAAGAUGCCGCGAUGCGAACUAAGAUUGUUGCUGCUGUAGUAGGCAUUCCAAACGUAGGAAAGUCGUCUAUUAUUAACUCCUUGUCAUCUCGGAACGCCGUCGGAGUGGCCCCAAUUCCUGGAUACACAAAGAAGAUUUCGGAAAUACACAUAGACCUAAGGCUGCGGAUUCUCGACUCGCCCGGUGUUGUUCUUAAUGAGGGAAGGAGUGUUAUUUUACGUGAGGAGAAGCUUGUAGAUCCCAUAGGAGAGUGCACCAGGAUGCUCAGCAUGAUGAAGGAUUAUGCUGCAGUGUUUCGGGCCUUUAAUGUGUUUGACGACGUUCUCAAGCGUGCCGAGUCGAGCGCUCCCGUUGCUGAUUGUCUCAGAAGGGCAGACGAACUUCUCUCACAACCAGUAAGUGAUGAGAUAGCAUUUGGUGACAACCAGGGCCUCUCUGCAAGGGAGCGCCUACUUGCUGAGCUUACUCGAGAGCUCCUGGUUUGUGUUGCGCGUAAGAAAGGUAAGCUUCUGCCUGGUGGCAUCCCUGACUUGGACUGGGCUGCGCGGAAUUGUAUUCGUGACUGGAACAGGGGCACAGUUCCAUUUUACAAGGCACCGCCCACCCAGGACGAGCUUGCUAAAGAAGAGGCUCUCCGCUCCGAGCGGCAAGCUGGUAUCCAGCGUAUGAAUGAGCUGGGUGUUGGGGAGGGAAAUCGCAUCUUGACAGAACUAGCACCUGAGCUCGACAUCGACGCCCUUUUUGCGUUGAGCACGGGCAUUGUUGGGACCGCUGAGGAAGACCUUGGAAACUAUGCCGUUUUACGGUAG